UUGUAACACAAGACUUUCUAGCCAACAGUUGAACAAUUUUCUUUGAUAUCAUAAUACAAAAUUUUAUACAGUUUUUAAUUUAUAUUAUUUUCUUGCAAAAGUAUAUUUCGUUAAGAUGGAUUCCGAUGAUGUAAAGAAACCGGCCUCUAUUUUCGGCUCGAAAAUCCAGACUUUCGCCAGAAGUUGCAAACCGGAGCCUUCCAACUCUGAGGAGGACGAUGAACAGGACUUUGAUUCUGGGGAGGAUGAAGAAAAGUGCGUGAACAAGAAGCGGGACUGCUGCGUGCGUGGCAAAUGCGGGGAAAAGGAUACAAGGCCGCCCUAUGCCCGAACCAUGCCGGAGAACAGGCGUUAUGGAGUAGUUAUAAGCAAUGAUGACUGCACAGCCGAUUCUGUGGAUUCGAAAGCUCUAAUGGCGCACUUUUUUAAACUUAUGGAAAGUCGUACGGUGGACGAUCUACAUUUCAGCGACUGCACAUCGAUGGCCAAGUUCUGUAAGAACCUCCUCAUAGUGUGCGAAGAUGACGAAACCGCCAAUUGGGUCAUUCAAGCGGUGGAGGGUGUUUGCCCUCCACAUACCGCUGUUCCAUUCAUCGUUUUUUUUGAUUUGGCUAAAUGCUCUUUUGUACUCCCCAUGAUUGUUCCUGGAAAAUCGUUGUGCUCCGUUUUUGAGCUUUUGGAGAUUCAGAACUGUGGUCUGAGUACCGACAAAUGGAGUGUUAUCGAACGUUCAAUUUUGGAUCCAUGCGAACCGGGGUACGACCAAAAGGCCGUUUCCGCUUUAUGCGAAAACGAGCUCAUUGUUCUAUACAUAGACGAUGACAGUCGUGAAAUAAUAGAAAAUAAUUGUUUUAAACUAAAGUAUUGCUUUUGGUCACUUAAGUUCGAAUUCGAAUGUUAGUGCGAUCAAAAUUCUUGCAUAUGGACAUUAAACAAAUUCAUGUAACGAAAUAUUAUCACGCUAAA